AUGUGUGACUCAGACAUGUCUCCAUCACCCGAAAGCAGUGGAGUGCACACCUCUUGGAACCAUGACCCCUCAGGCAAUCAACACUUCCUUCAGAGUCCACAGCUGGAGAGGAUGCCCUUGGUUCCUGCUCCGGAGCCCAGGCAGAGUGCAGGUGGAAUGGGGCCACAGUUCAAUGUGUUGCUGCGUGAACAUCGUGUGAACUAUUGCCCCCGAGUGACUUUCCCUUCUUCCCAAAUUGUUUACUAUCAGAGAGAGUCUCCCUCUCAACCAGCAAUGCCUCAUGCUUUCAAUGGGUCCCAGAUGUCCUUUGGAGAGCCCAGUAUCCCAGGGAUGGCCAUGGUCUUUGGUGGAAAUCUGAACAGGCCCCCCAAUGGACCACCAGUCACAAGGCCCCACAUGAUGACACCAACCAUGCAGUAUUCUGGCCACCCUACAGUACCUUCUAAUGGAGACUCUCUAACACCUACAAUGUCACUGCCUGCCCCUGUGCCUUCUGUUGGGGGCCAGGCUGGGCUUCCCCCUUUGGCUCAGAUGUUGCCCCCUAGAGAUCCCCACAACAGUGGCAUGCCCCCAGAUGGCGCCCCGUCAUUGCAGAGGUUUGGAUCCCAGGGCUCUUUUGUGAGCCAGCCAGCCUCCCAGGAAAACCCCUUCCUACCCGAGCAACCUACACCUGCGCCACAAGGAGCAGAGCAGGAUUUCGGGGCCCCAGAGAGGGCUGACAAGAGCAAGUCCCCAAUUUCAAGGCCUUUCCGCUGUGACUAUGAGAACUGCGGGAAAGCUUACACCAAGCGCUCUCACCUCCUGAGUCACCUCCGCAAACACACAGGUGAGAGGCCCUAUAAAUGUGAGUGGGGAGGUUGUUCCUGGUCUUUCUCCCGCUCUGAUGAGCUUGGACGGCAUAUGCGGAUACACACCAAACACCGGCCACACAAAUGUGAGCAUUGCGGCCGGCAGUUCAUGAGGUCUGACCAUCUCAGGCAACACCUCAGGACUCAUCAGCGGGCGCCGAAAUCCCCCAGUCCACAGGCGGACGACGAAGAGAGAGCUGGUCCUUCUUCUGCUCCUGAUCUUUAGGUCAACCUCCUCUUCCUUUCAUUUUGGCUUCUCCACGCAGAUCCUGCGUGCCUCUGACCAGCUAGUCACUUCAGUAGGUUUAGGCUUAUUUGCAGACCGAGAAAGAUUACCAGGCAGUGUUCAAUGAAGCCCAUCGGAGCUGGACCCAUCAGGGACUCUUCAAGGACUGUCUUGGAUGCCCUCACCUCUUUGGGGGCCAACUACUGUCGCCGAGUUUAGCUUCAUGGAAAGAUGAAGCCCAGGAGAGAUGGGGAGCUCUUUAUGUCGCUCCUCAACUUGAAACUCCUCAGUGAUUCUCCUUUGCCUGCUAUGAAAAAUCCAAGAUUCUUAACUUGGCCUUCCACAGUUUCCAGAGCCAGGCUAUGUUCAAAUCCUGAAUAUGCCGCUUACUAGCCAUGAGACCUUGGCAUAGGUCUUCUAAGUACGGUGAGUGAGGAAAAAAUACUAUUGGACUGUUUGAGACACAUCUUAUGUUUUGACUCAGAUUCUAUCCAGAACUGGACACCCACAUGCCCAGAGUGUACCUCCUCCCAGAGGUACUUCCAGACUUGGAUGGAAUGCCCCACCACGGGGCCUGGGACCUGGCAUGGCAGGUAGCCACUGGCAACACAGAAGCCUGGGGGAGUUCACCCUCUUGGGUAACAUUUGACGAAUGGGAGUUGGGAGAGACCAAAGCAGACAGAGUCCCUCUUCUUUCCUCCCUUCCCCGGAUUGCUGCGAGACACUGUCUCUCCGAACAGUGCGGCCAGUGGGGAGAUGUCCCAAGCAGCCGGUGAGCACACCUGCUGUGCUUCGAGGCUUGUAAAGCAGGACCUACCCGCUCUCGCCUUGCUUU